GCUCUCCCGGGUCACCUGGCCGGCGGCGGGGCGGACCAUGGCUUUGAAGGACACGGGCAGCGUCGGCAGCACCAUCCUGCCCAUUAGCGAGAUGGUCUCUUCGUCCAGUUCUCCUGGCUCGUCGGCAGCCGCCGCCCCGGGGCUCUGCGCGCCCUCGCCCUUCCCCGAGGUGGUGGAGCUGAACGUGGGGGGCCAGGUGUAUGUGACCAAGCACUCGACGCUGCUCAGCGUCCCGGACAGCACUCUGGCCAAUAUGUUCUCUCCUUCCAGUCCCCGGGGCGGCGCGCGACGCCGGGGAGAGCUGCCCAGGGACAGUCGGGCGCGAUUCUUCAUCGACCGGGACGGCUUCCUUUUCAGGUACGUGCUGGAUUAUCUGCGGGACAAGCAGCUCGCGCUGCCGGAGCACUUCCCGGAGAAGGAGCGCCUCCUGCGCGAGGCCGAGUACUUCCAGCUCACCGACCUGGUCAAGCUGCUAUCGCCCAAGGUCACUAAGCAGAACUCGCUCAACGACGAGGGCUGCCAGAGCGACCUGGAUGACAACGUCUCGCAAGGGAGCAGCGAUGCGCUCCUCCUGCGGGGGGCGGCGGCCGCCGCGCCUUCGGGCCCGGGAGCGCCAGGCGGCGGGGGCGCGCUGGACAAGCGCUCCGGCUUCCUCACGCUUGGCUACCGCGGCUCCUACACCACAGUUCGAGACAACCAGGCAGAUGCCAAGUUCCGGCGGGUGGCGCGCAUCAUGGUGUGCGGACGCAUCGCGCUGGCCAAGGAGGUGUUCGGUGACACUCUCAACGAGAGCCGCGACCCCGACAGACCUCCUGAAAAGUACACGUCCCGCUUCUACCUCAAGUUCACCUACUUAGAACAGGCGUUCGAUCGUCUGUCCGAGGCCGGCUUCCACAUGGUGGCCUGUAACUCCUCGGGCACUGCCGCCUUCGUCAACCAGUACCGCGACGACAAGAUCUGGAGCAGCUACACGGAAUACAUCUUCUUCCGACCACCUCAAAAAAUAGUGUCACCAAAACAAGAGCAUGAAGACAGGAAACAUGACAAAGUCACAGAUAAAGGAAGUGAAAGUGGGACUUCCUGUAAUGAGCUCUCCACUUCCAGCUGUGACAGCCACUCAGAGGCAAGCACUCCCCAGGACAACCCACCCAAUGCUCAGCAGACAACAGUUCACCAGCCUAACACCUUAACUUUGGAUCGCCCUUCCAAAAAGGCACCCGUGCAAUGGAUGCCCCCACCAGACAAACGGAGAAACAGUGAACUCUUUCAGACACUCAUCAGCAAGUCCCGGGAAACAAAUCUUUCUAAAAAGAAAGUCUGUGAGAAGCUCAGUGUAGAAGAAGAAAUGAAAAAAUGUAUUCAGGAUUUUAAAAAAAUCCACAUUCCAGAUUAUUUUCCAGAGCGCAAACGCCAGUGGCAAUCUGAACUGCUGCAGAAGUAUGGGUUAUAGUAAUUAUCACAUUCCUGCAGUAUUUCAAUGACAUUCAAUGUUUACUACAGUGUCACUACCUGACUGUGUCUUAACAAUGGUCAGUGUGAUUCUUGCUGCUCUUCUGUUUUGUGAACAGUGGACGUAGGACAGUAUAUUCUUUCAUCCCUUUGUUGUUGUUGUUUCUAGAAAUACUUAAAAAAGACCAAAACAGAACCAAUAAAUAUUGAAUCAAAAUGGUGUGUCUGAAUCAAACCACUUUUCAAGAAUGAAAGUAUAAUGUGCAUGAUCAAGAAGCUUAGAAUCUUGAUUUUUGAACUGUGGUCAAUUGGAUAUGUUUGUCAUUUUGUCGUUCACUAAAAAGAAAUCAUCAUAUCACUCCAAAUAAAAUGACAAUGUGGAUGAAGCAACAUCAAAUAUUAGAUGAUGGUUUUGGGACCCAAAUCCAAAACUACUUACAUGUUAAUGCAAUAAAACAAGUAUUAUUUCUGCAUGAACACAAUGUUACAAAUAAAUCACAUGACAUAAGGAAGAUCUGUUUGAUGCUUGGGAAGAAAAAAUAUUACAAAAAUGUAAAGGAGAAAACAUGUUUCAGGUAAAGCCUGUAAAUGUAAGCUGUCCAGGAGAUUGAAUUUUAUUUGUUCUGGAUCUGUGAUUUUUUGUGUAUGUGUAUGGUGUUCUGUACGUUAAGAUGAUGUAAAUACGCCUUAUACUAUUGUGUUACUGC